AACAAACAACAAAUAUUAAUCAUUAUAAAUUUUUAAUAGAAACAAAUAAUAUAGUUAACUGCUUCUCUCGAAUAUAAAUCUAUUUCUUUCGUUACGGGAUAUUCUAAAAACGUUUAUACUAUAAACAAUCGGUAUCUGCGCAGAAUCUUUCACCUACGCUUGAUUUAAGUUUAACGAAGCAUAUUUAAUUGUUCAUCAGUCUGAAAACUAAUCUUUGUAGAAAAUGUCGUCGAUCGUGUAUACUGUUUUUCUAUUUAUCACUGUGGCAGUGAAAAGCCGCUUUACAGAUAUAUACGCUUCAAAAAUUUACACAUUGGAUGUUCCGCUCGUGGUACGUAAUGGAACUGGACCAAUCGAUCUUUCUUGCAUUUACAAUGUCAGCAAAUAUGAGAACGGUCUUGUAAUAAAAUGGUACCAUAAUGAGGAUCAAAUAUAUCAGUGGAUCCCACCAAUAAUUGCAACUACAGUGCCACCUCAAGAUGUAGGAGUGAUAAACGGAUUGGCCGAAUAUCCCGAACAAAAUUUAAAAUAUUCUAAUUCACGAUCCAUCAUACGUUUAAAAAUGGCCAUAAUUGAAAUGACCGGAGAAUAUGCUUGUAUAAUUAGCACCUUUCAGGAAGAGGACGUAAGAAGAACAAAAAUGAUUGUUUAUGUACCAGAAACUAGUUUAUCAAUCCACGCUUCAUCUUUUAAUGAAAGCCAUUUGAAUCUGAUAUGUAUAGCAAAUGGAGGACAGCCACGACCGAUACUAAGAAUUUACAUAGAAGGAAUUGAAGUCAAUAGUUAUCAUGAUAAAAUUGUAAAAACAAUGGGAUACACGAAUAUUGUCUCUGGGACACGCAGUGCAAUCGUAAAGAACCCUUUGGAACCAUUACUAUUAGAAUGUGAAAUUUCUAUACCAGAAACGGAUUAUAAACGCAGAGAAAAAAUCGUUUAUUAUCCUACUCAAAUGUUACCACAAAUCAGUAGUGCAUCAAACUAUAAAAUUGGCGAAAUCACUUUCAUCAUCUACAUAGUAUUGUUAUUGAAGUAAAUAAAUGUAUAAGACGUGCAGAGAUUUUUAUGUAUUA